CAUAUGGUAAGACUAACCGUAGACAAGCAUACCCCAGGUACAGGCUCCAUAGACACGCACACAGAACAGAACCAUCUCGUAAACAAUGGUAAAGGCCGUAAAGCUGCUGGUGGCGUCUCUCUCCUCCUCCAGUUGCUUCAUAACAUUGUACACCUCCAGAACCAGAAGCCUCCGCCCCAUCGCCACCACUUCCGCCACCAGCGCCGUCGCCGCCUCCAAUCUUCGUUUACACAUCGCCAGAGCUUCGUCUACGUCUACUCAUACACACAAGAUGAAUUCGGAGCUUUACACAUUCGGACCUUACAAAAUUACCCCCAAGGAAGUCUUCUACUCCACCGAUCUCUGCUUCGCCAUGGUCAACCUCCGCCCUGUUGUUCCUGGGAGUAUGAAUGGGAGAUUGAAGAACAGUGCAUUGCAAAAAGGAAAUUACCAUGGUCACGUGCUUGUCUGCCCAAGGCGUGAGGUAAAGCGCUUUGUUGAUCUCACUGCUGAGGAGACUGUUGAUAUGUGGCUUACAGCGCAGAAGGUUGGUAGUCGGCUCGAGAACUACCACAAAGCAUCUUCACUAACAUUAACUAUCCAAGAUGGUCCCCAGGCAGGACAGACUGUCCCCCAUGUUCAUAUCCAUAUCCUUCCAAGAAAAAGUGGUGACUUUGAGAAAAGUGAUGAUGCUUAUGAUGCUAUUGAUGAGAAAGAGAAGGAACUAAAGCAGAAACUCGACUUGGACAAGGAAAGAAAGGACAGAACCCUUGAGGAGAUGUCUGAAGAGGCAGAUGAAUACAGAAGGCUACUUUCAUAAGUCAUAAUUAUGUUAAUAUUGACCGGUGGUGCAACAUAUAGUUGAUCUCUCCAUGUUGUUUCCAACAUGUUUGGAUGAUUGUAUUGACCUACUAAGAUGCAGUUUAUGCAUUACCAGUAUAUGGCUUACUUCAUUCAUUAUUAUGAAAUGAAGACGACAUUUUUUUUUGGUUUGGAACCAGUUCUGUUUUGUUUAAUCUAAGAUGUUUUUGGUAGAAUGAAGGAACGAGGGUAGGUAAUUGAGAUACUCUUGAAUAGAGGACAUUUUCUUUCAGCUUUUGCUCUGUGUUUUGCCUACACCUUGUUGCCAAUCUUCAGUGGCCUUGAUUUCCCACAGCCAUGCUGAUUUAGCACAAGAUGGGUCCUUUGAACUAGCAGUGAAUGUUAAAAUGAAAUUUUUAGUAAUGUUGGAUC